CUUACAGACGCUUCAUCAUCCAAUGAAGCAGUGCACCUACAGCAACGACUAAAGAGUCUGAGCACCGAAUUAGUCACACUGCGAAAUCGCCUACAUGUUGGGCAAGGACAGGGUGUUGGUGGUACUGGCACCGGUGCUACUAAUGCUGGUGCUACAUUAAAUGCAACACAAUCCGGCCCCAUUGCUGCUGACCUUAAUUUAAAUGCAUCCAGUCCAAAUCUUAAUUUAAAUCAUAACAAUAUUAAUAGCAACAGCAGCAAUGCUAACAAUAAUAAUACAAAUAACAAUACCACCAACAAUAGUAUACUUGCCAACGCCCUCGCAACAACGAAAUCAACGACUGCCAGUACAGCAUUAAUAAAUGGUAAUAGUACAGUACAACAACAACAUCAUGCAAAUAUAAUAUCUGCAUUAAAUAAUACAAAUACAAAUAAUAACUUAAGUAAUGCCACUUUAACGCCAUCUACUGCCAAUCACACUAAUCACAUAAUUGCCAAUAAUAAGACUUCACACACAUUUAGUCAUACAUUGCCACAUAAUUCAACAGCUUCAGGCAUAGUCUCAGCACGUAACACAUCCAUUCCACAUCCAUUACCGCAUCAGAUUAGCGAGAAGGCAGCUGCUCAAACAUCUGCACACGGUUUUCCCGACACAAAUGUUUUGGUCAUGCCAUCAUCAAAGCCGCAUUCAACGAAUACAUUACCAAUGCGUUCGUCAUCACAUCACAAUACACACAUAAACAAUCAUAGUAGUCCAUUUCUACCGGUUCAGAAACAUGUUAAUCCAUGUCACAACAUUACCACUUUUCCUUUUGGAUUUUCAAGUGCAAGUGCUGCUGUUACAACUGCCAAUGGUAUACAACCGCCUCCUAGACUAGGUCACUCUAAUGCCAGUAACAACAAUAAACACAGUAAUCAUCACAAUAACAAUAUCGGAAAUGUCGUACAUCACAGAAAUCAUUUCAAUCAUACUAAUCAUAAUACCCAUACCUAUAAGCAGCCAUAUGAACUGGAGGAUCUUAUACACCUACCAGGACCACUCACCGAAGAUGCUGUAAUGAGAACACUGCAAGCACGUUUCAAUGAACAUGGUUACUUUACUAAUGUUGGACCCAUACUAUUAUCAAUAAAUCCCUACUUAAAUGUUGGCAAUCCAUUGACACUUUCAUCCACACGUUCACUGCCAUUAGCACCGCAAUUGCGUAAAAUAGUACAAGAAGCUGUACGCCAGCAAGCAGAAACCGGCUAUCCGCAAGCAAUAAUAUUAUCUGGUACAUCUGGUGCUGGUAAGACACAUUGCUCGAUGCUACUCUUACGGCAACUAUUUGCUGUUGCCGGUGGUGGUCCUGAAACGGAUGCCUUUAAACACUUAGCUGCCGCUUUUACCGUGCUACGAUCAUUGGGCUCAGCUAAAACUACCACAAAUUCCGAAUCAAGUCGAAUCGGACAAUUUAUUGAAGUCCAAGUCACCGAUGGCGCUCUCUAUCGUACUAAGAUACAUUGCUAUUUUUUGGAUCAGACACGUGUUAUACGUCCAUUGCCAAAGGAGAAAAAUUAUCACAUAUUCUAUCAGAUGUUAGCUGGUCUUAGUAGAGAGGAACGCAUCAAAUUGAAUUUAGAAGGCUAUUCAACAGCUAAUUUGCGUUACCUACAAAGUGGUGAUUUGGGACAAAAUGAUCAAGAGGAUGCUAGCAGAUUUCAGGCUUGGAAACAAUGCUUAGGUAUACUUGGUAUUCCAUUUUUGGAUGUUGUACGUGUUCUAGCUGCUGUGUUGCUUCUGGGAAAUGUACAGUUUAUUGAUGGACAGGGUCUUGAGGUUGAUGUCAAAGGCGAAGCAGAAUUGAAUUCUGUUGCCAGUUUAUUGGGUGUACCACCGGCAGCUUUAUUCCGUGGCCUCACCACACGUACGCAUAACGCACGCGGUCAAUUGGUGAAAUCAGUUUGUGAUGCUAACAUGUCUAACAUGACACGCGAUUGUUUGGCGAAAGCGCUCUAUUGUCGCACUGUUGCUACCAUAGUACGUCGGGCAAAUAGUCUUAAACGUUUAGGUUCUACAUUGGGUACGUUAAGCUCCGAUUCCAAUGAAUCGGUACAUAAUCAAGCUGAUGUUGCCUCUCAGCACGCUUCAACAAUUGGCGGUAAUUCCGGUUCCAAAUCGAUGGCAGCACUUAAUAACGCCGUACGUCAUGCCACUGAUGGUUUCAUUGGAAUUUUAGAUAUGUUUGGCUUCGAAGAGCCCUCUCCACAUGCACAACUCGAACAUCUAUGCAUCAAUCUUUGCGCUGAAACUAUGCAGCAUUUCUACAACACGCAUAUAUUCAAAUCCUCUGUAGAAUCGUGUCGCGAUGAAGGUAUUGUUUGUGACACUGAAGUGGACUAUGUAGAUAAUGUGCCUUGUAUUGAUUUGAUAUCUUCCUUGCGCACUGGUUUGUUGAGUAUGUUGGAUGCGGAAUGCUCAGUACGCGGCACUGCUGAGAGUUAUAUUACAAAAAUUAAAGUCCAACAUCGCAAUUCCACGCGUCUGGAGACGAAACACUCCGCUGAGCCACACGAUCCACGCAUGUUUAUUAUACGUCAUUUUUCUGGUCGUGUGGAAUAUGAUGCCACAGACUUUCUAGAUACCAAUCGCGAUGUGGUGCCAGACGAUUUGGUCGCAGUUUUCUAUAAGCAUUCAUGCAACUUUGGUUUUGCUACUCAUCUCUUCGGUUCGGAGUUGAAGGCAUUGUACGCAGUACAAAGCGUUCCGCGCGGUCUUAGUUUUCGUAUUUCACCUACUUCACACACAGAUCUACUGAAUGGUGAUGAGCCUGUGUCCACUUUAACGCAAGACUUUCACACACGCUUGGACAAUUUAUUACGUACAUUGGUGCAUGCUAGACCGCAUUUCGUGCGUUGCAUACGUAGCAAUAGUACCGAGAGCGCUGGUUGUUUUGAGCGUUUAACGGUUGUUAAGCAAAUACGCGCUUUACAGGUGCUUGAGACAGUCAACUUGAUGGCGUCCGGCUUUCCACAUCGCAUGCGCUUCAAACAAUUCAAUGCACGCUAUCGCAUGCUAGCGCCAUUCCGUUUGUUGCGACGUAGUGAGGAUAAAGCAAUGGAGGAUUGCAAUCUGAUACUGCAAUAUGCAAUGGAGAAUCCACCUGUAAUUGAUGGUUCGGUCACUUUAGCCUGGGCACCUGGCAAGCGACAUGUGUUCCUAAGCGAAGGCAUACGUCAACACUUGGAACAUUUACGCACUGAAAUACACCGCAAGAGUGCUACUCUCAUACAGGCGACUUGGCGUGGUUGGCAGUUGCGUAAGAAAAUGGGUGGUACCAAACGGAGACGUGCUGGCGUUUUGGGUGUGCCACCAAAUAAACUAAAUAAACCUGUUAACGCUGGUAGUGGUAGUGGCGGUGUUGGACCACCAAAUGCAUUGCCGCGUUUAUCAGCGAAAAGCACGAAUAUGAGCACUGUAACCCGGCCGAGACCACAACCCAUUGCUGGCACACCACCUCCAGAUCCGAAUGAGAAGUGCGACUCGAAAGUUAUACAGCAAACUUGCAACAUCUUUGGAUUAGAUUUGGAGCGUCCACCGCCUGUGCCACCAUCUCGCUCCUAUACCAUCAAUGGCAAUUCAAAGCUUGGUUAUCCACAAAGUCGCAUCAUGAAAAUGAAUUUCCCAGAGGAUUCAGUCACUAAUCCACCAACAGAGCAGCUAAAGAAAGGCGAAACGGUCAGUGUUGUUGGUGCAUCAACAUGUCGUGGACAUUUGUUGGUAGAUUAUAAAGGUCAGAGCUUUCAUGUGCCGUUUCAAUAUAUGGAAUUGCUGCGUGGACACAAUAUCAACAGUACAGCAACUAACAACAACAACACGGCUAACAAUAGCAGCUCAAAUGCUGGUACUGCAGCUGUUGUUAAUAAAAAAAUGAAUGCGAAUAGUAACAACAACAACAACAAUGGCAGCAGCAAUGCGGCCAAUAGUAAUAGCAAUAACAACAAUAACACCAACAACAAUAAUGUCAACAAUAAUAAUAGUAACAAUAACAAUAGCAGCAAUAAUUCCGUCAAUCCAAACAGCAAUAUCAAUAAUUGCAGCAACAAUAACAACAACAACAACAAUACUAACACUAAUAACAGCAACAACAACAACACAACAACUAGUGCUGCUGUCAAUAUUUGAUUUAUGUGGUUAGCUGAGCUAUAGUAGCAGCUAAAAGAAAUAAUUGUCAUGUCCUAUUUUUUGUUGUUGCAGGAGUUCUUAAGUUAUCCUGUUAGUGUAGUUGUAGCGUUAAGUUAUCCUUAAACGUCCAAUGUGCCAGAUCUGAGUGGAAAAAACACAAUUAAAUAUAUGAAAAAUACGAUUUUUUAAAACGGUUCAUGACCGGGUGCUCUUGGUCGCAGGUGCUAUUUCGUUUAGUGGUAGCGUAAAAUAUUCUCAGACCGUUUCGAAAGAGGCAAUAGCCUGUUUAUAGUAUUUAAAAAGGUUCCCAAAGCACAUGCAUGCACGUACUCACACAUACAUAUACACAUACUCUAAGACUGUAAAUAUAUGAAAAUCCUAAUCUUUUGAGAUUCCCUGUAAGCAUUUAGUUUGUUUUUUGCACCCGUAGAAAUCAAGAAUUCGCCUCAUCGUAUAUUAACUACUUAGCAAUUAGUUUAUAAGCAAUAUAAUUUCAGUUGACCACAACAUUAUUAUAAACAACUUAUUUUUAUAAGAUUUUCUAUAAUUAAUUUUAAACGAACGUUUUUUAAUAUUUUCUUCAAUUAAAGUUUUGCCAUGAUAGCUCAUGGCUAUCACCAAGUGCCAAUUCAGAAUAUCACACAGUUCUUCCAAUUCAAAACGAAUACAAUACGAAUAUAUAUAAAUGUAUAAAUAGAUGUUAUAUUAAUAGAUAUCUGUAAAAUGACUAAGUACAUUUGUACUUCAACAUGUAAACAUUUUUUUAAAUAAAAAUCAAUCUUUCAGUAUUUCAAGCCAAGAUAAAGUCGAGCAAGUUGUGCAACUUGCACAGAAAAUGUAUGCCACAUAAUUUUUUUAAUGAAUCGAACUAUUUUAAUAUAAGACAUUCUAAGCAAUCAUCGAUAUAUUAUCAUACAGAUAUAAUUAUAUGU